AUGGCUUCGGCGGCGGCGGCGGGCGAAGCGGAAGAGACCACCCGGCUGCGCAAGCCGCGCUUCUCGUUCGAGGAGAACCAGAUUCUGAUCCGCGAAGUGCGCGCCCACUACCCGCAGCUCUACGGCGCGCAGAGCCGUCGAGUGAGCGUGGCUGAGCGGCGGCGCCUGUGGGACGGCAUUGCCGCCAAGAUCAAUGGUAUUACCAGCUGGAAGCGCACCGGCCAGGAGGUGCAGAAGCGUUGGAACGACUUCAAGCGCCGCACUAAGGAGAAACUGGCCCGCGUGCCGCACUCCACGCAGGGCACCGGGCCUGCCGCCGAGGACGCCUUCUCCGCGGAGGAGGAGACUAUUUUCGCCAUCCUGGGGCCCGGCUUGGCUGCGCCCGGGGCAGGGGCCGGAACUGUGGCCGAGCAGCCCCAUGCAUCCGCCUCCUCACAACCGCUGACCUCAGGAGCCUUGACCCAUCGCUAUGUGUUAUCCGAAGACCCUAGGGAGGACCGACACACAGAUACGCCAGCCCUUGGCAAAGGGGGACGCUCCAGCAGCCCAGAGCCCUGGGUCCCGCCCUCCUGCUCUCCCCAGGAGCGGGGCUGCCAGCGACCCAAGGAGCGUGAGUCCCCGCCCCCUCCAGCCCAGCAGUCGGUCCAGAUGUCCCGCCAGGCCUUGUCUCCAUCGCCCCCAGCCCCGCCCCCGUCCCUGCCAGCUCCCUCUCCACUACCACCGCUUCCACUGCCGCCACCACCCCGCGUGGCACCUACGCCUCCCAGCGCGCUACCCCCUCUGCCUACUCCAGUCACACCCUCGGCCCCAGACCCUUCCCUGGACUUCCUGCGAGCCCAGCAGGAGACUGCCAACGCCAUCCGGGAGCUGGCUGGCACCUUGCGGCAGGGACUGGCCAAACUGAGCGAGGCCCUCAGCACCCUGCUUCCUCUUCUGCCGGGAGCCCCAGCCGACCCACUGCCCCCGCCGCCUGUACCCCAGCCCCCCAGGCCCGUACUGCCCCUACCCACCCCCAAGAUGGAAAUCACCCCAGAGCCCGUGUCCGUUGUGGCUACGGUCGUGGACGGAGCGGUGGUGGCAACCAGGGGCGUGAUUAUCGGCCCUAGGAGCGAAGAGGGAAGCCCCCGUCCAGCCCCUGCCCCCCUCGCGCCCCACGACUCACCCCCACACAAGAGGAGAAAGGGUUUCCCCACACGGAAGAGACGUGGGCGAUGGAAAUCUCCGUGA